UCGCGCGCGCGCUCGAUCGAUCGCCUAUAAAAGCACCACCAGGUCGAGCACUCAGACGCCUCCAUUGGCUCGCAGCCUUCGCCUCAAGGCCUGAGCUGUCCGUGCUUCUUCAUCCAUUCUACUAGCUCGAAUCGAAGCUACACUGAUCGUACGAGAGGCUCGUAGCACAGUCACACGCUCGAGAGUCGAGAGACAUUGUUAAGCUGCAGCUGCGGACUUGAGGCGAGAGUAGUGAGGAGGGGAAGGGAGCUGGAGGAGGAGUCGUGCGCGGUGGCGGCUGACCGGCCCGGCACCGACAUGCGCGGAGCGUCACAGUGGCACUCCCACCGCAGCAAGCGCGCCCCGUCCGACUGCGACGCCGCCCUCCUCCCCGCCGCCGGCAACAAGCUGCCCUGGCCGUCGCCGCGGCGCCCGGCCAACCAUGCGGUCUUCCUUUCCGGCCUCGCCUUCCUCUUCCGCUUCGUCGCACCUCUCUUACCUGAUCCCUGCUAGGCCGCCGCCGCCUCCUCCACCCCUUGCCAUGGGACAGGGAUACUGUGCGGCCGGUGGCAUCAGUGUGCCGGCAAGUGUGGCCAUGGACGCGGCGAGUGCCGCGGCGGCGGCGGCUGCUGCGCCGAGGCAGGGCGCCCGGAACGCGGGCGCGGGCCACCCACCGCUGCCGCGCCCGCCGCCGAGGCAGUGCCCGCGCUGCCAGUCCGGCAACACCAAGUUCUGCUACUACAACAACUACAGCCGCACGCAGCCGCGGUACCUCUGCAAGGCGUGCAGGCGCCACUGGACCGAGGGCGGCACGCUCCGCGACGUGCCCGUCGGCGGCGGCCGCAAGAACAGGCGCGGCGGCAGUAAGGGCCCCGCCGCCGCGAAAGCGUCUGCCUCCACCGCGGCCGCGACGCUGCAGGGCGGGGGCGCCGCCGAUACGUUCCCGGACCUCCUGCGGCAGCUGGUCCACUUCCAGCCGGGCGCCGCGGCCGUGGGCGGGGGCGGCUACGCAAUCGACCUGAGCGCGUGGCAGCAAAUGGCCGCUGCCACGGCGCCGCCGCAGGAGGCUGGCGAUGUCAGCGCACUCGGAGGAGCGGCGGCGGCGACAGCAGCGGAGGCCAACUGCGGCGCGUUGCAAUACUGGGGCGGAUGGCAGCAGGAUGACAUGCCCGGCCUGGACGGGGCUUGCUAAGUACUACGUACUACUCCAGUAGACUACUAAUAGUGCUUGUAUCAGUGAGUAUACUCUAUGUUAGUAGUACCUAUACGUAUAUAUGUAUGCGUGUACUGCAAACGUAAUACAUACUACUAUACGCUCAGCAUGUUUUCGCUAGUUUUUGUGUGCACGUAUUCUGUGUUCUUAGUUGAAACUGUGUGUUUGCUAAUAUAAUAUCGCUAUGAUCCAAUCAUCCUACUUGCAAGGUAGUUUCUUUCACCGUUUAGAGUUUUGGAUAAAUAGUGCACAACUGUAACCUUAUUUUCAUGAAGUAUAUUUAAAAAUAUUUUCAUGGUCC